AUGGGAGCAUCGGAUUCAUCGCUAUUAGGCGCUCAGGAAAAUCGAGGUGGAGAUGUGAUUACGACCAUCUCUCAUCGAUCCGAAAUAGUCGAUCCCGUUCUCGAGAAUCUCAAAUCCCUCACAGUUAGUAGGCCAAUACUGAAGUCACCUCCCACGGAAAGUAGCUUAACGGACAUCUUAGUGAGAAAAGCUUUAUCGAGUUCCUCUUCCAAUACGGUGGAUCCUCAAAUACUUGUAGAGCUCUUCUCCAUUUACCGAGAAUGGCAAGAGAGCAAAGCUCAAGAAAUAACCAAGAGACAGGAAGAUAUAGAAAACAAGAUAGAAGUGGCAGAUGCUUUGGCGACUAAACUUCUACAGAGGUUCAAUCAUUCGGUUUCUGCAAUGAGGACAACCUCCCAGCAUUUAUCUCAAGUUCAUGGGUUGCAGGUUGAGCUUGGGGAGCUUAAAGGAAGGUUGACAGAGGUGAUAAACAACUGCGAUUCAUUAUGUAAGAGAAUUAAUGCUGAGGGACCUGAAUCUCUUAGGUCUACAGUGACCCCCUUUGCUCUUUCACCACCCGACUCGGUCAGUUCUAACACUACCCUCUCCUCUAAACAAGAGGAAUAA